AUAGAAUAUUCAUCAUGGGCCUACGAGUAAUUUCACCGGCAAGAGCUCUGAUAAUAUUUUUCAUUUGUUGGAUAUCUGCUUUGCUUUUGAUAUUUUUAUACCUGGAUGACCAAAUCGCAACCCACCAUUUUCACCUAAGAGACUCUUUUCAUAAGAAAAUUAAAUACAUUCCAAAACCUGGAAAUCGCUCCACACAGAUGCUGCAUUUUAACACAAAACUCGAGUUUCUUAAUGCUCUAUCACUGGUCAUUGAAUAUGGAAUAAAACACAAAAAAGUCGUGUCCGAGGUUGAAGCAGUUGCUAAUGAGAUGUAUGAACAUAAUAAAUAUAUGUUAAAAGCAAGUGUGGAUUAUGAUGCUGCUGAUGAUGAUUAUGAUGAUGAUAAGAUUGCACAAAUGGAACACUUAGUCAAGAAGAUUAAGGCACUGAAAAAUCAAUUAAACCUUUUAGACGAAAGUUAUGAUGUUGGAAAUAAGCCAGGGAACAAAGACAAACGACAACCAAUCGAUGGUAAUGGUAUUGAAAGAGAAGAAAAUCAAUUGAAGGUAGAACAACGAAAAACACAAAUCCAUGCAAAACCAAAGGAUUUAGAAGACAAUGGAAUGUCGGAUAGAAAACCAUUAGAUCAAUUAGAAAAAGACAAAUACACUAAACAGAUCAACAUAGCGCCUACAAAAAAGGAUGAUGAUAUUAUCAACAAAGAGGAAUUUGACGGAGACGAACAGUUCCAUCUACCUGGAGCUUCCAUUCCUGCACUUCCCAAUGCUGUGUACGAACCACAAAAAGCAGGUGCUCCCGGUGAAGGCGGAGCCGGUAUAAAUGUUGAUGUAAACAAGCUAUCACCUGAAGAUCUUCAAACGUACAACUCGGGUUUGAAGAACCACAGUUUCAAUCAAUUUGCAAGUGACAUGAUAUCCAUACAUAGGUCACUGCCUGACGCGAGGUCGAAAAGCUGCCCAAGAACGUAUUCAACGACCCUACAACAGACAAGCAUAAUAAUCUGUUUUCACAACGAGGCAUGGUCAGUAUUACUACGCACAGUGCAUAGUAUUUUGGACAGAUCACCACCAGAGCUAGUGAAAGAAAUAAUUCUCAUUGAUGACUUUUCAAAUAUGGACCAUUUAAAAGCCCCACUGACCUAUUACAUGAGCUUGUUGGGUAAAGUCCGUGUUAUCCGAACACGACGUAGGGAGGGGCUUAUCAGAGCGAGACUAGUGGGUUUGGGCGCUUCACGUGCACCAAUACUCACGUUCCUGGAUUCGCACGUGGAAUGCUGGCCUGGCUGGUUAGAGCCCCUGCUUGACCGUGUCAGUACCGAUGAAACCGUUGUCGUUGCCCCGACAAUUACUUUUAUCAGCUCCCAUAUUUUCUCCGUUACCGGCGGCGAAUCGGGAUCUGUUGGUAUAUUCAAAUUUCCCGACGUCAAUUUCAACUGGAUGCCUGUACCACCUAGAAUAUCUAAAAUGAGGAAAUCUCCCGCUGAUCCAAUUAAGACACCAACAAUUGCCGGUGGUUUGUUUUCCAUAAACAAGGACUUUUUCAUUAGAAUGGGCAAAUACGAUGAGGGUAUGGAUAUUUGGGGGUACGAAAACGUGGAAAUAUCUCUACGGGUGAGUUGA